CACCUUUUUCUCACAACCCCACUACUAAUACGUGAUCUCACUCACGCAACACCCUUAAAACAAUCUUGGAGCCAAGCUUCCAGUAUUGUGCCCAUCUCUUGACAAAGAUUAAACCAACGGCUUUGCGACUAUCAUGCUUACAGAGAUCGAAGGUGACUUAUUCGACGCUCCAGAUGGGGCAGUUCUGAUCCACUCCUGCAAUUGCAUGGGUAAUUGGGGAAAGGGAAUCGCUCGCGGUUUCAAGGAGAAGUUCCCAGGCGCGUUCGAAAUAUACCGUGCACAUUGCAAAAGCCUUCUCUCUAAGCGUGAAUAUGCAACACAAUCCGACAGAACAGUACAGCUUCCGGAAGGCACUGCACUUAUCAUUCCGCCCCAGGAGAAAGACUAUCUCCCGCAACUGUCCAAAGGGAGGAAACGCGGCCGGAAUGCAGACUCAAUACAGACCGGUAGUAAGAAAAAGCAUUGGAUCGUCUGCUUGUUUACGUCGCAGAGGCCAGGGCGCCAUUUGAGCUCUCCAGACGUUAUUCUGGCAAAUACCAGGGCGGCAAUUGAGGAUAUGAAAAGGCAGUUGGUAGCAUUGCAGGACUCCGGAGAAGCGAGAGGAAUUGAUAGCACCGAUGUAGCAAUGAUUCCUGGCGAGCUUUGGUCUUGCAGGUUCAAUUCUGGGCUAUUCGGUGUUGAUUGGAGGCUGUCUAAACAGAUCCUGAUGGAUGCUGAUUUGGACGUUACGGUCGUUAGACCACGAGAUGGUUAGCCACAUCAGUGAAAUAUGUGGGCUCAUCUCCACAAAAGGCUGUCUCCAGCUUCCAGGUCACUGUUCAACCAGGUACCAGGUAGUGACAAGAUAUCUUCAACAGAUAGGUCACGUAUCACGCGGGAGUCUAGUGUUAAGUCUAGGAAGAACUGUGCAUGGGCCUGAAAAGUCCGUUAAUAUGUAAUCAGGAGUAUUCAUUACAAGAGGUA